AUGACCACCGUGCAGCUGUCGCUGUUUAACUUGUUCUGGCUUGUACAUGUGAUUAUCGAGCUUCCUAUGGGGCUUAUCGGUUUUUUCGCCCCCUUUGAAAUUCCACUGCACGGCAUUACCCCGACAGCAGCGCUGCCUAUUCGCCUUCUCGCUUGCUUCUUGAUUGCGUCCAGUGUUGCGUGCGUGCUUGUUGCUGGGCUUCCGGACUACCUGCCGGGUAAGCGUGCGUUUGCGAUCCAGAUCAUGCUUUUCCAUGCGCUGGUUGGACUUGGCGACUCUGCCGCCACAGGUAAUAGCAUUUGUACCAGUACUGGCACGAGCUCCGCUGCCGAAGCUGGUCGCAAUACUGCAUGGCCUGAUUUCAUUGCUUGGUACGAUGUGGUGGCAGGCUACCAUUCCGUCCGCGCGACGCACAUUCCUUCCCAAAGCGACGCCGUAUCUGCCGUAUACGCCAUGGGCGGUGCAUUCUUACACAUGUCUGUGGUGCAGAUGGCCCAGCAUUGUGUUGUGCUUGGGACUCGAAUCGAGGGAGAUACACAACAGCCACACUGCGUCUCGCUUGAAAUCACCCUCGACGACUACAUCCAGCCAGCACACGUGCCCUUGGAUCCAGGGGGCGACUGGCUAGCCAGUGCAUCGCGCGCGUUUGUGUCGCGUGCACGCCUAACGCAAGUACUCGAUCUCUUCACCACACAUAUUCUCGAGCCUCUUGUACAGCAGCGGCCUCUGCCUGAUGCCACGCCGCCGCAGCAACGGCCGCCGCAGCCAAUGCCUGUCUCCACAGCGAGGCCGCAAACACAGCCCAUACAAGCGUUGAAUCCGCUGCGCAUUGGCGACGCAGAUCGCGAUCCACUCGCUGCGAACGGAGAUAGCGGCCCGCUACUCGGCGCAUCCCCAUCUUUUCCAGGGCGCGCGCCUGCGCGUGGAGACGGCAUGCUGAUGGGCCCCGACCAUCCCAUAUUUCACGAUCGGCUCCGCGGACCGCCUCUUGGACCAUGGGGCGGUGAUGGCUUUCUGCCGCCGGGCGCGGUGCCGCCAGGCGCUCGGUUCGAUCCUGUCGCGCCAGCGCAACGCCCUACCGGGAAUCCCGACUGGGACGAGCUUCGGCCGCCUGGGGGUGGCGGGCCAGCAUUUGGCGGUUUUGGGCAAAUGUUUUCGUAG